CAUAAAAAAGCAGACUUUACGAAAAGCCAAAGGUUUCUUCGUCAACAUGGAAAGAACUUAGUGGAAACUUCUUACUAAAUUCAGAGCUGAGAUUGGCUUAACCUCACUUUAGCAGGCUCCGAUCUUCUUGUUAGAGAGAGAGAUAGAGACACAAACAGAGAUAGUUUCUUUUUUGGUUCACUCUUUGCUUUUUUGAAUUAACUUGUGUCUUCACCGGCGAUGACUACGGCGGAGGCGGAUUACGUGAAAGUCAAAACGUCGGUAUGGUGGGACAUAGAGAACUGUGAGGUGCCCAAAGGUUGGGAUGCGCAUGCGAUUGCGCAGAAUGUGAGGUUGGCUUUGUGGAAUAUGAACUAUUGUGGACCUAUCUCCAUUUCGGCUUAUGGUGACACCAAUCUCAUCCCUCACGCUGUUCAACAAGCUCUUUCUUCUACUGGUGUUGGGCUUAAUCACGUUCCCGCAGGAGUAAAAGAUGCAAGUGAUAAGAAGAUUCUAGUGGACAUGUUGUUCUGGGCAGUAGACAAUGCUGCACCAGCGAAUUUCAUGCUUAUCUCUGGUGACAGAGAUUUCUCCAACGCUCUUCAUCAGCUACGAAUGAGGACGUAUAACAUUCUUUUGGCUCAGCCUCCACAGGCCUCUGCACCGCUGGUUGCUGCUGCCAAGAAUGUAUGGCUCUGGACAACCCUAGCCUCAGGAGGUCCUCCCCUUACAAGUAGUGAAUCCUCUGAACUAGUCAACUAUGUACGUCGUCAUGUCUCUAAUAAAGAAGUGUCGAAACAUCCAGUUUCUGAACAAUCUCAGUCCAGCAAACCAACUGAUUCAAGUUCGGAUAUUGGAGACCCCAAGGAUAACAAAACAAGAGAAAAGCAUGUUCGGAAAGGAUUAUGUCAGGGGACGAGAAGAAACAUGCUUGAGAAUAGCAGUGGAACCACCAGUGAAUCCUCUCGACUUGUCAACAAUGGACUUUGUCAUGUCUCUAAUUAUGAAGUGUCGAAAUAUCCAGUUUCUGAGCAGCCUCAGUUCAGCAAACCAAUUGAUUCAACUUCUGACGCUGGAGAUACCAAGGAUCACAAAACCAGAGAAAACCACAUUCCAACAGGAUCACCUCAAGAGACAAGAAGAUAUAUGCAUCAGAAUGGUAGAGGACCCACAGGUGAAUCUGUUACUGCCAGCAGAAUAUGCAAUGUUGUAUGUGAUAGCUCUGCAAAGUUCACCGCACACCUCUCAGAUAAAAUGCAGAUAUCUCAGCCUGCCUUCCUAGAAAGUCGCAAAGCUCCGGCCAACAUUUCAGCCAAACCCAUACAAGAAGCGGUGCUUGUGGAGCCUGUGGUGUGCAAAGUUUGCCACAUCAGCUGCACCAACAAUGAUGCGUAUAAAAAGCACACCUAUGGAAAAAGACACAGAAACAACUUGGAACUGAAUUUAGAAAAGUCCAAAAACAUUUCGUUGGGACCAGUCGUGUCUUCUAAUGAGGUCCUAGAGAAACAUAUGAAGAAUAAGAAGGCGAUUGAAGGUAAAGCUAAGGCAAACGCUGAUUUCGCAUGUCUUAUGUGCAAUGUCGUGUGCCAUAGUCAAAUUGUUUUUGAUUCUCAUCUGAGGGGUCAGAAGCAUGCUAACAUGCUGAGUCAAUCAGAGGCACUCGUGGAUUCUAAGAAGCUGCAAGAGAAAAGUGUCGGAUUAAAUGAUCAACCAAGUAUUGCCGAGCCACUGUUGCAGUCUCAAAAGGCUCAAGAGAAUACCAAGUGCUUUGAGAAACUUCUUUCUGUGGCGAUUCAGUCAGAGGUACUAAUUGAUUCUACUAAGAAGCUUCAAGAGAAAGGUGUUGAAGACAAGGAUCAACCAAGAGAAAAAACUGUACAUCCUAAAGCAAACGCUAAUCUCGUUUGUCAUUUGUGCAAUGUGGUGUGUCAGAGUCAAAUUGUCUUUGAUUCUCAUCUAAGGGGUAAGAAGCACGCUGCGAAGCUGAGUCAAUCAAAGGCUUUCAUUGAUUCUAAUAAGAUUGAGGAGAAAGGUGUUGGAGAAAAGGACCAACGAAGGGAAACAAUUGCAGAGCCUCAGUUGCAGUCUCAAAACGCUCAAGAGAACAGCAAGUGCUUUGAAAAGCAUGUUGUCAUGGGGAAGCCAUCAGAGUUGGAUCAGGAACUUAUCAAUGCUAUGGCUAGGAAGUUUGAAGUAAAAGAUGUCCGAGAUAAUAAUCAACCAAUAGAAAAAAUUUCAGAACCUCGGUCGCAGUCUCAAAACACUCAAGAGCAUACCAAGUUUUUUGAGAAGCAAAACGAAGAGUUGAGAAAGAUUUGUGGCACCUCAGAAAGCAGUGUAAAAGAAAAUUUUCAAAGUACUAAAGACCAGGUAGAGACUGUUCACAAACUGAUUCUAAAUGGAGAAAUUUUCUCUGGUGCCCUAAGAUCUGAUUUUGAAGUACCCAGAGAAACAAGGGAAUGUUCUGAUGGUAUUGUCAAGCCUAUAACCCUGUUCGAAAGAGCAAAUGAGCAUUCAGGGGAGGUGAAGAAGGGAAAGGACGUGAUGGUUGCCUUUGGAGCCAGCGAUGAUGCUCAGUCCAGCGUUUCAACCAAACCUGUGAAGGAACCAGAGGUUUUGCAGCCUGUGUGGUGCCAAGUCUGUCAGAUGAGUUGCAACAGCAAGGUUGCAUAUGCAAAUCACGCCUAUGGGAAAAAACACCGACAGAAGUUGGAAUCACAAGCAGCCAAGAACGAAAAUAUGUCUAAAGGACCACCCAAGCUUUCUAAAGACAACGGAGAGAAAAAGAAGAAAGUAGCUUGCAAAAACCAAACCACCUUUGAUUCUCAUCUGAAGAGUCAGAACCUUUCUGCCAUUGUCAAGGAGCCAGUAGAGGCACUUGUGAAUUCAAGGAGAACUCAAGAAAUUCCGACAGAAGCAUUGGAGCAGUUCAUUGUUGACUCAAGGACAAUCCUAGAAGAAACCGAUCAAGAAACAGAAACAACAGAGGAGCACACACUUGUAAAGAUCAACAAUCUUGAGUUUCGAGGGGCACCAGAAGAUAAAGUGGAAAUGAAGGAGAGACACGUCGUAUCUGAGAACUUGGUGCAGCGUGUCUUCACUGAACAAAACCGAGAGUCUAGAAUACUUAAAGAACCAAGAGGAUGUGUAGAUGUGAUUCCUGUGGCUGUGAAAGUAGAACUACCACCAAAUGUGAAUGCGGCCAAGAAAUGGCAAGAUGAGCUGAAACAUAAACCUGAACCAAAAGCAGGGGAACCUGCAGGAAUCAAGGGACAUCUUGGAGAGGCUGCCAAAAGGGAAGAGAGUAACUUUUGGACUCGCCUCUGGGGGAAGAAGAGUUAAAGUACUGUUAAACAUGAUCUAAGGAGAUGGUUAUUUGAACUGUUGGAAAUGAUAACAACUUGGUAAUUUCAUUUUGCAAAUUAGUAUGUUUAUGUUGUCAACAAUGAAUGUUUGUCUAAAUGGCAUUUUCUAAUUUCUAUGUUUUAUUUUGGAUUGGC